UUUUUCCACACAGCUGCGAGCGAGCUCUAUCACACUACCACCUUACGUGGAACAUCUGCCCAUGAAAUACGUUGCGGAUAUUUGUCUUCUGCGGUCAUUUUCCGAGCCGGCGGAAGAAGCAGAGUUGAACUGAGUUCAACGCGAAUUUUCAGGUUUUAUAGUGCGUCGCCUCCCCGCCAUGCGGUAAUCAUCUGAGCAACACAAAAAAAGCAUAGUGUCAACAACAGCUUGAGCCACUGAUCUCAUCUACAGUAGUGCACCUGCAAAGCGCACAUGGCCCACAAUUAUGAACCCUGGCUACGGACAGCACCAUCUAGUGGCAGCACAGAUGACAUCAACAUCCCUUCCUGGUGGGACCUCCAGAGGGAUGUUCAGACUGGGAACUGGAUUGACCUCCACACAGGGCAUGGUGCUGACUUACCUUCUGUGAGUCCAGGGAGCACCAUGAGUCUGCAGUCCUCUUUAGGCUGUUACGGUUCCGACCCGCAACUGUGCUCCUUGCCUCUAACACAUCUCCCAGCAUCACACUCGCCUCACCUGUUCCCUCCGGAGGGCUUCAAAAUGGAACCGUUGGCUGCUGAUAUCUUGCAACAGGAGCCUUUCGGACUGGAAGAGCCACUUGAAAAUGUCGUCUUGGUCCGGCCGAAGUCCCAGAGGCGUUCUUCUUCCAGAGGUUCUGGCCAGGCAGCUUGUCGCUGUCCUAACUGUGUUCACGCGGAGCAAUUGGGCCACAGCAUGGAUGACAGCAGGAGGAAGCACAUGCACAACUGCCACAUUCCUGGCUGUGGUAAGGCCUACGCUAAGACCUCUCAUCUGAAGGCUCACUUAAGGUGGCACAGCGGGGAUCGUCCAUUCGUCUGCAACUGGCUCUUCUGCGGCAAGCGUUUUACACGUUCUGAUGAACUGCAGCGGCAUUUACAGACACACACCGGUACCAAGAAAUUUAGCUGUGCGUUUUGCCCUCGGGUGUUUAUGCGCAAUGAUCACCUGGCCAAGCACAUGCGUACACACGAGUCGCCAGCAGAGCAUGGGGAGGAAAGUGUGAACAGAGAAGGCAAGGGCUUUGAUUCCCCCACUCCUCCUCAGUCAUCAUCAAACAUGUCUGCACCUGACACCAUCGAGCCUCCACUCAAGCUGAAAAGUGAGACAGACCCAUCCAUCUCCAGUGUAACUGGAUAGUCGAGUCCAACUAAUUUCAUCACUUUCUGAAUCAAGUUUGAUCGAAAAAGGGAUACCAUCUGGUGCACUUUCUGUCAUCAGUUUUAUAAUUGAGUUUUACCUUAGACACCCAAAUCGAUGGAAGCUGCUUGGAUCAGAAUGUGUUCAUUAAAUUAUUGAUAUUGACUGGACCAUCACCUCAGUGAUUUACUACUGUAGCACUCUGACCUUUGCCUAUAGUAUGAACUAUUACCAGAAGUGGGAUUGAUGGUGUCAGGACUGUCAUAUUUUUGUUCUUGGUCUUGGGAACAGUUUCAGUAUGAUAGAAAACCAUCAAACUAAAAUCCUACAAGGAUUUUUUUACAAACUGUAAUCACUUUUUUGUUUGUUUGUUUAUGGAGAAUGGAGUAAGAGAAUGACUCCCCAUAUCUGGAUUUAAAAAAUGAAAACAUUAAAA